GUUCUCUGACACUUGAUUAAAAGUUGGAUAUUUACCGUUGUUCACGUCAUUAUCUCUAAUGACACGGCAUGGUUAUUAAGAUAUUAUUAUUUCGUUAAAUAAUUUGCUAAGGAUAAAAAUAAUGAGAAUUUUGAAAUAACGAGGACUUGUUUUGAAGACGUAGUAGAGUAUUUUGAAAUAGUGUUACUUUUCCGCUGAACUAUUUAAACCGGCCGCAUAACCUCCCUACGAGGUAUAGUGGGCGGCGGCAUAUCUAUGGCGGCGGCGCCUCCUCCCGGCGUUCCGCGCCUCCGACACCUCCUGGAGCUUAUCGAUAUCAAAGCUCAAAAGGACCCCGUUUCAGCCCUCUCCCACCUUGACUCUCUCGCCUCGCACUACCCGUUAUCCUCCCCCUCCAAUUCCCUCCUCUUCGGCCUCCUCCGCGCCCUCUCCGCUUCUGCUCCCUCCCACCUCCCCCGCCUUCUCAGUUUCCUCAGUCACCACCCUCGUCGCCCCAGCUUCUCUGAGACCGUUGCCAUCACGGCCCUCAAGGGCUUCUCCCGCGCCCUAAUGCCCGACGAGGCCCUGCGCACCUUCCGGGCCCUCCCCGGCAUUUUCCGCUGCAACCCCGGCGUCCGCUCCCAUAACGCCCUCCUCGACGCCUUCGUCCGUGCCGAGCGUUGGGAGCAGGCCGAGUCCUUCUUCGACUUCUUCUCCACUGGCGCGCGGGUUCCCCCCAAUCUUCAAAGUUACAACAUCCUCAUCCGGGGCCUCUGUGCUCGUCAGCAACUCCAGCAGGCGUGGGAGCUCUUCCAAACUAUCCGAUUCCGGGGCAUCGAGCCAGACCUCGUCACGUACAGCACGAUUAUGCAUGCAUAUGUCAAAGGCGGAGAUUUUACCAAAGCAGUUGAGGUGUUCGAUGAAAUGUCCGAGAGGAAGGUGACUCCAGAUAUUGUUUGCUACAAUCUGCUCAUUGACGGGUUCUUGAAAAAGGCUGAAUUUGACAAGGCAAUGGCGAUUUGGGAGAGGCUGGUGAUGGAUAAGAGAGUUGGUCCUAACGUUGUUACCUAUAAUUCGAUGCUCAACGGUUUGUGCAAGCUUGGAAAGUACAAAGAGGCGAUGGAGAUGUGGAAUAGAAUGCUAAAAAAUGACCACUCUCCUGGCACCUUCACCUACGGAAUUUUGAUUCAUGGGUUAUGCGAGUCUGGAAAUGUUGAUGGAGCAUCACUAUUAUAUGCGGAGAUGAUAAAAAAUGGAUUAAUUCUUGACAGUGUCAUAUGCAAUUCAUUGCUUGAUGGAUUCUGCAAAGCAGGGAGGUUGGAUGAUUCUUUUAAAAUGUGGGAAUCAAUGGAAAGAGAAGGCAAACUUAAUGUUGUCAGCUAUAACAUACUGAUCAGAGGUCUGUUUGGACAAGGCAGGGCAGAAGAAGCUCUCCUCUUUUGGAAGCAACUGCAGCAGCAGGAUAAUAACUUAGAACCCGAUUCCGUGACAUAUGGUGUUUUAAUACAUGGGUUGUGUGAGAAGGGAUACCUUGGGAAGGCAUUGGAGGUGUUGAAGAGCGCCCAAGAAAUUCAAGAGAAUAACAUCGAUGUAUUUGCAUAUACUUCUAUGAUAGAUGCUCUCUGUAAACAUAAGAGAAUAGAUGAAGCUCUUUCCAUAUAUGAUCAGAUGAGUAAAUUCUGUUGCAGACCAAACUCACAUACCUGCAAUGCCCUCAUAAAUGGCUUCUUCAGAGUAUCAAAUAUCUCAGAGGCUUUGCAAUUUUUCUCACGGAUGAACACUAUUGGUUGCACUCCGACAGUUGUGACCUACAACACCCUUAUCAGUGGUCUUUGUAAAACAGAAAUGUACCAUGAAGCUUACUUACUUACAAAGGAAAUGACGGGAAAAGGAUUCAAAUUGGAUCAAGUAACAUACAGCUCAUUGAUAGAUGGACUUUGCCAUGAUAAAAAACUUGAUGCUGCUCUUGAUAUAUGGAAUAAGGUCUUACACUCCGGACGCAAUGCUGAUGAAAUUGUCCACAAUGUUAUCAUCCACGGUCUAUGCUCUGCUGGGAAAAUGGAAGAAGCCUUAUGUGUUCAUUCUGAGAUGAAACAAAGAAACUGCAUCCCUACCUUGGUCACAUACAAUACACUCAUGGAUGGACUUUACAAAUGGGGCAAAUAUGAAAAAGCAUCAGCAAUUUGGGUUGAGAUGCUAAAAGUUGGACUGAAACCUGAUAUCAUCAGUUACAACACAGCUUUCAAAGGUCUUUGUUCGUAUAACAAGACAUCUGAAGCCAUCCAGUUGUUGGGUGAUGCCUUGAGCCUUGGCAUAGUUCCAACUAACAUCACAUGGAAUAUACUUGUCAAUGCAGUAAUCAAAGAGGAACUCUUUCAGAAUUGAUUUGUAUGAGAUUCUGUCAAGGCAAACCCAAAAAGGUUAAGCAACAUGCUGUAGCCUUCUGCCAUUGAAAGAUGGAAUUAUCAAAAUCAGCAUACGGAUCAUGGCAGUAAGCAAAGCCAUUAUAUCAAGUUUAUCAACUUCCAACCUGGCUACUGGUAAAGCUAUACUGCACAAAGAGGAAUUUCUUAUGGCAUUGUUGGCAUGAGUCAGCUUUCUCAGUGUUGGAAUCUCAUUGCCUAGUGUUGUAUGUCAGCCGUCUUCGAUGGGGCCUUGGUAUCCUUAACUUGCAACAGUUCAAUUUGGCCUUGCUGUGCCAGUGUUGAUGGCUUUUCCUCAUUCCCUUACAUUCUUCCUGGUGAAGUCUUAUACCAAGAGCAUAUUUUUCUGCCCAAACCUGGGAGCUGGUGGUUCUGGAUUGUCAUACCUUGGGAAGUGCCUAGUGCAUCCAUGAUUUUUUUUGGUCGCCAUUUGCGUAAAAUUUUGUAGAACAGAUGUGUCCUUGUGACAUAGUAGGUCGUAUGGGAGUCUGUUACUAAAUGGCAAUUCUCCUCUGCUUUUUAUAAGACAACGAUUUACAGAUAGAUGUUUUUCCUCA